UAUUGUAAUUGUGUAACUGGCCGUGUGCAAUUUUAAAAUAUGCUAAGCCACAAUUGUGUGCAAAAGGAACAGGUCAAGAACACCAAUUGGAGAGAAGGGAAGUGCAAGCACCAAAGCACAAAAGCACCGCCGCAUUAGCAUAACCACUGGACAGAUAGUGCUUGUGUCUUAAAACAAACUAACAACCAUAAUAAGUAACAGCAACAGCAAUAGUAAACAGCAAACAACAACAAUAAGCCAUAUCAAUAACAGCCAUAGGGGAAACGAGGGAAGGAUUGGCUUGCGCAUUGCCCGCAGCUGCAUGCGGCUGAGUUGCUUCAUUCCAGCUCUUGGCACAUCCUGCCGCGGCACAUGUGACCCAGUUAAGCGGCUUUGCUGGCAGACGGCGUGCACCAGAGACGCGGAUUAUUAAUUUGCCUGGCAUUUUAAUAGAGGUCUGGCAACAUGCGGUCCCAGCUCCCAGCACCGAUCAUCGCCAGCCUCUGCCUCAUCUUCGCCCUCGUCCUCCACUGUGCCACAGCGGGUGGACUGGAGGCGCCAAUGGAUGAGACGGCGGCGGCUGCUCUGUUAGCCAAAUCGUCAAUAUUAAAGAGCGACAGUAUAAAUGAUGGGCCAUUUCAUAGAAGUCAAUCAAAGAGAACGGCGACAAUGGCGCAAUCGUUGCCAUUAAUUUCGACGACAACGCACAUUGCAAAAGCAAAUGAUGAGCAAAUAGCAAAGACAACAUCAAUAACAAGAAUAGCGAGUCAACCAACAAUGGCAAAUGCAAUGCAUACAAAUGCAAGCUUGUUCGUUGCAUCAACAGCGGCAGCAGCAACAGCAACAGCAGCAGCAGCAGCAUUGUCCAUACCCAUACCCAUUCACAACCACAGCAACAUUAAUAACAUUAGCAACAAUGGCGAUCUGCGGCACCAGCAGCAGCGAGCCGGAAGCCCACUCACAAUGGCAACAUCCGUGCCGGGUGUGACGGCUGUGCUGCAAGCAAAUCUUAUUAUGAGCAAUAGAAACGUGGAGGAACAGGAACUGGAUGAACACAAGUACAAAAUUACGCAGUACAACGUAUUAUUCCCACACAGCAACAGCAACAGCAACAGUAACAGCGUCAACCUUACAAGCGAGACAACCACAACGACAACAGCAACACCAACAACAACAAAAGCAACAUCAGUAACAACGGAAGAGUCAACAGCAACUACAACAACAGUGGCAGCAACAACGACCAGAUCGACACGUCGACCAGCACCGAGAACAACGCUGAGACCGCCGCCAACAAUAGAUGAUUACCAGACAAUAAUUAGCCAAGCGGGAACCCACGCCUAUUUGCCGUGCAAUGUCAAGCAAUUGGUAAAGAAGCCCAUCUCAUGGCUGCGUAUGCGGGAUGGUCACAUUCUCACCGUGGAUCAGACCACCUUCAUAGCGGAUCAGCGCUUCCAGUCGGUCUUCUCCCCAAACCCCGAACGCUGGUCCCUCCAGAUUAAAUAUGUGCAGCUCAAGGAUGAGGGCACCUACGAAUGUCAGGUCUCCACGGAGCCCAAAGCGAGCGCCAUUGUGCACUUGCGUAUAGUGGAACCUAAAACCGAAUUAAUCGGGGAGUCGACGCGCCACGUGAAGGCCGGAAGUCAAGUGAAACUGCGCUGCAUAAUUAGCCAGGCACUGGAACCGCCGCUUUUCAUUAAUUGGUUUUACAAUCAGAAGCAAAUCUAUUUGCAUAAUCGUCGUGGCUGGCGAACGGAAAUUGAGCGCAUCGAUCUGCCAACGGAAGUGCCAACGACGCCAGCGGCAACGUCGACAUCGACAUCGUCAAUGAGAGCAGAGAAGCUAAAUGAUAUAGCGGCCAUAACACGUUCAUAUAUUUUAGAUGCGAUAACUGUGAGUGAUGGGACCGCCAUAUCCGGAAAUGGAUAUGCAAUGCCAACAACAACAGCCACGCCCACAACGGCCACAAUGUCAACGACAGCAGCUGCCGUUGCCGGCGCUGCAGGUGAAGGUGGCAUAGUUGAUGGUGGUAAGGCAGUUGACACGCCGGCAACAUUAACGACAACAAUAGCAGCAGCAGCAGCAGCUGCUGCUGCUGCAACUAUGACGACAGCAAUAUCAGAGGAAGCCACAGCAACAACAACAACGACAACAUCAGCAGCAGCAGGAACAACAACAACAAUAACAACAACUACGACUACAACAGAGCCAAUCACAAUGGCAACGACAACAACAUUGCUGCCAAGCAGCAGUUUCAUUAAACAGAUAACGAGGGCAUCUCUCAUCAUUCCCGCCGUGGUGAAGUUGGACUCCGGCAACUAUACGUGCAGCCCCUCAAACAGCGCACCACGCACCAUUGUGCUGCACGUGCUAAACGGUGAAUAUUCUGCAUCUGCCAUUAAAUCCGCCAGUGUCAGCUGGAAUACGCUAAUUGGUUGUCCUGGCUGUUUGCACUGGCGAAAUAUUUCAACGAUUUUGACACUUUUGUGGAUUAUUAAAUUUGUACUCGCCAGAAAUGUGGCAAUCUGCUGCAAUCAUGACCGAAACAAAACCAACAAUCCCCCAGCAGCACUGCAGGAGCCACCAAGGACAACAUCAGUACGCAAAAGUGUCAGCCGCAGGCUCUGCACACAGCGGCAGACGGCAACCCGCAGGCAACGGCGUUUCGGAUUCGACUUCGGCGGUGACUGUGGCACCGUCAGCAGCUCAAUUAGUGGCACCAAAGUGGCCGAGGACAAAACUUGAGCAGCCGACCAGCAACCGCAGUAGCCGUGGCACUGGCAACAAGCAGCCAGCUCACGGCACAAUUGCAAUUUGAACGAUUCAGUUUAGACUAUUCCUAGAAUUUUAAGCACAAACAAACAAUGGGAGACGUGUCUACAACAACGAUUAAGUGUAGAUACUUGGCGACGAAUUGAUUUACGAUCUCAUGUAAUGCCAAAAACUCAACAGAUUUAUUGUACUUGCUUUUAGCUAAUAAAUAUGUAAGUGUAUAUUCAAUAUUUAUAAACAUAAAAAUAA